AUGAUCCCCAGAGGCACCCACCUGACCGCCCUGCUGGCCACGGCCUCCUCCCUCCACGUCGCCUGGGCCUCGACCCCCUGCGGCGGCGGGCCGGACCUCGAGACGGACGUGCUCGUUGUUGGCGGCGGCUCGGCCGGCACGUACGCCGCGGUCCGGCUCGCCGACGGUGGCAGGCGCGUGCUGGUGGUGGAGGGCAGCGGCAAGCUCGGCGGCCACGCCAGCACCUACGCGGACCCGGCGACGGGCGGCGUCGUCAACGCGGGCGUGCAGAUGCUGCACAACGACUCGGUGGUGCGCGCCUACUGCGGCCGCCUGGGCGUGCCCCUGUCGCCCGUCCCGCCCCGCAACCCCCUGCGGCGCGCCCAGGUCGACCUCCGCACCGGCAGGGAGGUCACGGGCUUCCCGGCGCCCACCGGCAACGAGACCCUCGCCGCGUUUGCGCGCUACCAGCAGUACUACGUGGCCAACUUCCCGGACCUCGAGCGGGGCUACGACGGGGUCCCGGACCCCGUGCCCGCGGACGCGGCGAUGCCGUUCGUCGACCUCGCCAAGCGCGAGGGGUUCGACGCGAUCCUGAAGACGCUCAACAGCUACAACCAGCCCACCGACAUGCUGGCCGAGACGUCCCUGUUCACCCUCAAGUCGUUCGGCCCUUCGCUCAUCAAUCUCAGCCCCGUGGCGCCCCGCGACCUGAUGGACAUCUACCGCGCUGCCGCGGGCGUCCUCGGCGACCGCGUGCUGCUCCGCUCAAAGAUCGUGAAGCUCGACCGGACCGGCGCGGGCGGCGGCGGCGGCGUCGUCGCCAAGGUCCGCACCUUUGACGGCGCCACCGGCCGCAGCACGGUGAGGACGGUGCGGGCCAAGACGGUGCUCAUGGCGGCGUACCCGCUCCCGUCCAACCUGCAGGGCUGGGACGUGACGGCCGAGGAGGCUCGGCUGUUCUCCAAGCUCAAGACCUACUCGUACUUUGCGGGCGUCAUCCGGAACCGCGGCGCGGGCGGGGUGCAGAUCGAGAACGUCUCGCCCGAGCGGUUCCGCGGCGUGCCCGAGCUGCCGGCCAUCUUCAACAUUGGGCCCACGCAGCUGCCCGACACGUACACGGUCUACUUUGGCGCGCGCGGCUUCAUGGCCAACGACACGGCGCUCGACCUGACGCUGGCCGCCAUCGGGCGCCUGGCCGAGGGGGGAGUGAUCGGGAGCGCCGAGACCGAGGUGCUCGCGUGGUUCGACCACACGCCGGUGCGGCUGCACGUCGACGCCGAGGACGUCGCGGCCGGGUACUACAAGGAUUUGUAUGCGCUUCAGGGCAAGACGAAGACGUGGUGGACCGGGGCGGCGUGGCAGACGCAGGACUCGAGCCAGAUUUGGGCGUUUACGCAGAGGUUGGUGGAGAGGAUGCUGGACUCGUGA